GAGACUAGUAGCCUAUGGACCACUGAUCCAGGAUAUAAUGUAGGCGUCUUUAUCCAUCUACGAUCCAUCAUGCGCAACACCCGGAUGUUGCAAUGCAAAGAUGUUUGUGGUGUAGGCUACUCUCUGGGGUUCUGUAAGAUUUAUUAAAUGUUGUUGUUGAAUACUUUGGUUUAUCGUUUAUUGUUACAUUUUUUGAUAUUUUUUUUACUGUGUUGGAAUUAAAACGGCGUUUCAAUGUGGAUAAGAGGAUGCAAGAAGCAGAGGAACAGCCCGAAGGGGCACAGUAUGCUAGCAGCAACAGAGCCCAUCCCUCUGGUGACACGUCGGCCCUCGGGUCAGAAAACCCCUCCCACUCGCAGCCCGAACCCUGCCCCCAGACCGGCACUAUCUCCUGGCAGGCCGCGAUCCAUGCUGCUCGUAACGCCCAGGGCGACGCUCCCCAGAGCAUGAGCGCCCGCAACUCUGUCCCUGGGGCCACGCCUGCACCGGUAGGCUCGUUGUCACAGAGGAAGAGGCAACAGUACGCCAAGAGCAAGAAGCAGGGCGGCUCCACCAACAGCAGACCGCCCAGGGCACUGUUCUGCCUCACCCUCAACAACCCCAUCCGCAGAGCCUGCAUCAGCCUGGUGGAGUGGAAACCCUUUGAUAUCUUUAUACUGCUCUCUAUUUUUGCCAACUGUGUGGCCUUAGCUGUUUACAUCCCCUUCCCAGAGGACGACUCCAACUCCACCAACCACGACCUGGAAACAGUAGAAUAUGCCUUCCUAAUCAUUUUUACUAUAGAGACCUUUCUGAAGAUCAUAGCGUAUGGUUUAGUCAUGCACCAGAACUCCUACGUAAGAAACGGAUGGAACAUGCUGGAUUUUGUCAUUGUCAUAGUAGGUUUGUUCAGUGUAGUUCUGGAGGUGAUAACCAAAGAGGGUGAUGCCGGGGCAGGGGGGUAACCGGGAGGCUUCGACGUCAAGGCCCUCCGCUUCCGGGUGCUCCGCCCCCUCCCCUUGUCUCAGGAGUACCCAGUUUACAGGUAGUGGUUGAACUCCAUCAUUAAAGCCAUGGUUCCUCUGCUCCACAUCGCUCUGCUCGUCCUCUUCGUCAUCAUCAUCUACGCCAUCAUCGGCCUCGAACUCUUCAUCGGCAAGAUGCACGCCACCUGCUACCUGGUGGGCACCGGUAUUCUGGCAGAGGAGGAGCCUGUUCCGUGUGCGGUGUCAGGCCAUGGGCGCCAGUGCAGGAUGAAUGGGACUGUGUGUAGGGAAGGAUGGCACGGCCCCAAUGGUGGCAUCACCAACUUUGACAACUUCCUGUUUGCCAUGCUCACUGUUUUCCAGUGUAUCACCAUGGAGGGCUGGACUGAUGUUCUGUACUGGAUGAACGAUGCCAUGGGUUCUGAGCUACCCUGGGUCUACUUCGUCAGUCUGGUCAUCUUCGGUUCCUUCUUUGUUCUCAACCUGGUUCUGGGAGUGUUAAGCGGAGAGUUCUCCAAGGAGAGAGAGAAGGCCAAGGCUCGUGGAGACUUCCAGAAGCUGAGAGAGAAGCAGCAGCUGGAGGAGGAUCUGAAGGGCUACCUGGACUGGAUCACUCAGGCCGAGGACAUCGACCCUGAGAAUGAUGAGGAGGAGGACGAGGAGGGCAAACGCAAUCGGGUGACACUGGCUGAGCUAAUGGAGAAGAAGAGAGGGACGUUUGGCUGGUUCAGCCAGUCCACAGAGUCACAUGCAAGCGUGCCUGCCAGCGAGACAGAGUCUGUGAACACUGACAACCCCAAUGGAGAGGACGAUAAGGCUAACUGCUGUGGGCCACACUGUCAAAAAAUGACUAAAUCAAAGUACAGUCGGCGAUGGCGUCACUGGAACCGGUUCUGCCGCAGGAAGUGUCGUGCUGCCGUGAAGUCGGUGUCUUUCUAUUGGCUGGUGAUCCUCCUGGUGUUUCUGAACACGCUCACCAUCUCGUCAGAGCACUACAACCAGCCUGACUGGCUCACUGAAGUACAGGAUGUGGCCAACAAGGUUCUGCUGGCUUUGUUCACGUGUGAGAUGCUGGUGAAGAUGUACAGUCUGGGCCUGCAGGCCUACUUCGUGUCCCUGUUCAACCGCUUCGACUGCUUCGUGGUGUGCGGCGGCAUCGUGGAGACCAUCCUGGUGGAGCUGGCCAUCAUGUCUCCUCUGGGCAUCUCUGUGUUCCGUUGUGUCCGCCUGCUACGCAUCUUCAAGGUCACACGCCACUGGGCAUCUCUCAGUAACCUGGUGGCGUCGCUGCUCAACUCCAUGAAGUCCAUCGCCUCCCUCCUGCUCCUGCUCUUCCUCUUCAUCAUCAUCUUCUCCCUGUUGGGCAUGCAGCUCUUCGGAGGCAAGUUCAACUUCGACGAGACGAUAACCAAGAGGAGCACCUUCGACAACUUCCCCCAGGCGCUACUCACAGUGUUUCAGAUCCUGACAGGCGAGGAUUGGAACGCUGUGAUGUAUGAUGGCAUCAUGGCGUAUGGUGGACCCUUCUCAUCAGGCAUGGUCGUCAGCAUCUACUUCAUCAUCCUCUUUGUCUGCGGAAACUACAUCCUGCUGAACGUCUUCUUGGCCAUCGCCGUUGACAACCUGGCAGACGCAGAGAGCCUGAACACAGCCCAGAAGGAGGAAGAGGAGGAGAAGGAGAGGAAGAAGAGUUCCAGAAGUGACACAGACAAGACAGAGGAUCUGAAACCUGAAAGCCAGGAUGGGGAGAUCAAGCUUCCAUUGGAGGAGGAAGUGGAAGAGGCGAAGGAGCCGUAUCCCACUCCAGAUACUCCAGUUGGUGAUGAUGACGACGAUGAUGACGAUGAUGAGCUCCCGGAGGUUCCGAUUGGGCCACGCCCUCAGAGGCUGUCGGACCUCAGCGUCAAGGAGAAGACUCCGCCCAUCCCUGAGGGCAGCGCUUUCUUCAUCUUCAGCAACACUAACCUGGUCCGGGUGGCUUGCCACAAGCUGACCAACCACCACAUCUUCACCAACCUCAUCCUGGUCUUCAUCAUGCUGAGCUCUGUGUCUCUGGCUGCUGAGGACCCCAUACGCAACUUCUCGGCACGCAACAUCAUCCUAGGCUAUGCAGAUUAUGUCUUCACUAGUAUGUUUACCUUUGAGAUCCUGUUGAAGAUGACAGCGUUUGGGGCUUUCCUCCAUAAAGGAGCCUUCUGCAGGAACUACUUCAACCUGCUGGACCUACUGGUGGUGGGAGUCUCUCUGGUGUCCUUCGGCAUUCAGUCGUCCGCCAUCUCGGUGGUGAAGAUCCUGCGUGUGCUGAGGGUGCUGCGGCCCCUGAGGGCCAUCAACAGAGCCAAGGGCCUCAAGCAUGUGGUCCAGUGUGUAUUUGUGGCCAUCAGGACCAUUGGUAAUAUCAUGAUCGUCACCACGCUGCUACAGUUCAUGUUCGCCUGCAUAGGAGUGCAGCUCUUCAAGGGCAAGUUCUAUCGCUGCACAGACGAGGCCAAGUCCAGCCCGGAGGAAUGCAAAGGCACAUACAUUCUGUAUAAGGAUGGCGACACAGUGUUGCCUGCGGUCAGGGAGAGGAUCUGGUACAACAGUGACUUCAACUUUGACAACGUCCUCAUGGCCAUGAUGGCUCUGUUCACCGUCUCUACGUUUGAAGGCUGGCCUGCUCUGCUGUACAAGGCCAUCGACUCCAACAGAGAGAAUAUGGGUCCCAUCUACAACUACCGCGUGGAGAUCUCCAUCUUCUUCAUCAUCUACAUCAUCAUCAUCGCCUUCUUCAUGAUGAACAUCUUUGUUGGUUUUGUCAUCGUCACCUUCCAGGAGCAGGGAGAGAAAGAGUACAAGAACUGUGAGCUGGACAAGAACCAGCACUAUGGCCAGUCCCACCAGUUCAACUACGCCAUGGACGUCCUCAACAUGGUCUUCACUGGCGUCUUCACCGUGGAGAUGAUCCUCAAACUGAUUGCCUUCAGACCCAGGGGUUAUUUAGGAGACGCCUGGAACGUCUUCGAUGCCCUGGUGGUGAUCGGCAGCGUAGUCGACAUCAUUCUCAGUCAGGUAGAUAACACAGAGGACAGUGCUCGCAUCUCCAUCACAUUCUUCCGCUUGUUCCGAGUCAUGCGAUUGGUCAAGCUGCUCAGCAGAGGGGAGGGCAUCCGAACGCUCCUGUGGACCUUCAUCAAGUCCUUCCAGGCUCUUCCCUAUGUUGCCCUCCUGAUAGCCAUGUUGUUCUUCAUCUACGCUGUUAUCGGAAUGCAGGUGUUCGGAAAGAUCGCCAUGGUAGACGGCACACGGAUAAACCACAACAACAACUUCCAGACCUUUCCUCAAGCUGUCCUGAUGCUCUUCAGGUGUGCUACAGGCGAGGCGUGGCAGGAGAUCAUGCUGGCAUGUCUGCCAGGGAAGCUGUGUGACUCCGAGUCAGACUACAACCCCGGAGAGGAGAGAACCUGUGGCAGCGGAUUCGCCGUCAUCUACUUCAUCAGCUUCUACAUGCUCUGCGCCUUCCUGAUCAUCAACCUGUUUGUGGCUGUCAUCAUGGACAACUUUGACUAUUUGACGCGUGAUUGGUCCAUUCUGGGCCCUCACCACCUGGAUGAGUUUAAAAGGAUCUGGUCUGAGUACGACCCUGAGGCUAAGGGCAGGAUAAAGCAUCUGGAUGUGGUGACCUUGCUGAGACGCAUCCAGCCUCCUCUAGGCUUUGGCAAGCUUUGUCCACACAGAGUGGCCUGCAAGAGAUUGGUUGCCAUGAACAUGCCCCUGAACAGUGAUGGRACGGUCAUGUUUAACGCCACCCUGUUUGCCUUGGUGAGGACCGCUCUGAAGAUCAAGACCGAAGGCAACCUGGAGCAGGCCAAUGAGGAGUUGCGAGCGGUCAUCAAGAAGAUCUGGAAGAGGACCAGCAUGAAGCUGCUGGACCAAGUGGUGCCCCCUGCUGGUGAUGAUGAGGUAACCGUGGGGAAGUUCUAUGCCACCUUCCUGAUACAGGACUACUUCAGGAAAUUCAAGAAACGCAAAGAGCAAGGCCUGGUGGAAAUAAACUCAUUCACCAGCCUGAACUCCACCAUCGCCCUCCAGGCCGGUCUCCGCACACUGCAUGUUGGGCCUGAAAUCCGCCGAGUCAUAUCAUGUGACCUGCAAGACGAAGGCCUUGUAGACAUUAACGCAGAAGACGGCGACGAGAUUUAUCGGAGGAACGGCGUGAUCUUCUCCAACCACACCAAUCACGUUAACGGGGACCACCGGGGUUCCGCCCACCAGACAAAGGUCACUCAGCGGCCCCUCCAGGUCCCUCCGCCUUCCUGCCACGCCUCCGGGGAGCCCUCCCAGGUCGGCUCUGAGGAGAGGGCAGGCGAACCCCACUGGUACAACUACUACUACCCCAAAUCCCCCAUAUCCUCAAACGCCAACCUUAACAAUGCCAACGUGCACCCUGUGCCCUCCCUGACCAACGGGGGGCAGCGCCGCUGUCUUCACCGUGACCACCCGUCCGCUAAUGGGGCACCCUCUUCCAGCUCGCACCGCAAGAUUGUUGACUUCGACACCCACACCACGGUCCAAUCUGCAAGGUCAGAAUCAGGGGGUGUUCGUUACCCUACCGUUCGUAGAGAGGAGCCAGGGAGGGCAGACAGUGAUGAUGACAGGGGCUCUGGAGAAUACUUCAGCGGGGAGGAGUACCAGGAGGAUGAUAUCAUGUUGCACAAAGACAGGAUGUCCCGUAAGGAGUAUCGAGACCAUCAAACUAACUUUGACACAGAGGCGUCCAGGGAUUACCAUCAACCGGACAGUGUCUAUGAUGACCACCAGCAAUCCGUUUACCAGGAUGGUGGGUGGUCGCCGAAGCAAAGGUUGCUCCCCUCUACACCCCAGGCCCUCCACCGACCCUCAUUCAACUUUCAUUGUCUGCGGAAACAAAGCAGCCAAGACGAUGACAUCCCCUUGACCCCUUCCAUUCCCCUUCGAACAGCUCUACCCCUGCAUCUGCUGCAGCAGCAGGUGAUGGCGGUGGCUGGCCUGGACUCCAGCAGAGUCCAGCGUCUCUCUCCAUCACGCUCUCUACGCUCCUGGGCCACGCCCCCCGUGUCCCCCAGCAGCAGGGACCACUCCCAUACUACACACCCCUCGAUCCAGAGGUCGUUGGCAGUUGCAGAAAGGAACGUGGGGAAAUACGCCAAAGGACCCCGGCGAGCCCUCCCUGCGGACGAACGCCGACCCGCGCGCCUUCAGGUGUUGAUUUCAGAAGGACUGGGGAAAUACGCCAAGGACCCCAAGUUUGUGUCGGCGACCAAGCACGAGAUCGCGGACGCCUGCGAGAUGACCAUCGACGAGAUGGAGAGUGCCGCCAGCAACCUGCUGAACGGCAGUAUGGGUAAUGGGGCGGGGGCAACGGACACAGUGACUUCCACGAGCCUCAGGGAGCGCAAUCUCGAGGACUACAGCGAUGAGGAGCCGGACACGCGCGGGAAAUACGAGGAGGAUCUGACUGAUGAGAUGAUAUGCAUCAGCACCCUAUAGCAGUCACUCACACUAGACACAGGCUGCGUCUGACAUGGCACCCUAUUCCCUACAGUGUGCUUCUAGUGCACUAUAUAGGGAGCGAUGUGCCUCUUGGAUGCAGCCAACAACCAUACAAACAAGAGAACAAAGUGCCUUUCUUUCUGUGGAAUGAAUGGAUGGAUGAAAACACUGCCAGCUGGAGGAGUGGAGGGAUGGAGUGGCACGCCAAAGAUCCAACUUCAGAGAAGUCCCGCCCCUUCCUCUCCGUCUGUUUUGCAGCACCCAAUGAAACAGAGAGUGAAAGAGAGGGUUGUCCCAAAGGGGAUGCAGUAAUGUUGGGUUUCCUCCUCACGACUUCAUACAGAAAUCACAUAUCAGUGAAAUUAAGUUCCAGUCCUCAGCCAUAUCCCCCCUGCCUCCCGUUUGCCUUACCGUCUGCACAAAGAUACUAAGAGUAGUCAAUCAUAGACGGCGAGUGGCGGCCAUUUUACAGACCGCAUUUUGAAACUGUGACCAACCAACAUGAGAAAACGGUGUACUCCAAUAUCACACUCACUCCUGCCCAACCAAUCAAUCUUCAGGGAUGACUUAGCAGCCAUAAUAUUUUAAUGAAAGGAAAAUCUAUUAAGUUGUAGAUGUAUUUUAAACCCUCUAAGAAAAAUCGAUUAUUUGAAAGAGAUACUUUAUAUGUAGUUAUUUAUGGAUCGUUACAGGUAUAACAUAUUCCCCAUGCCUAUGAAAUAGAUAAGUAUCAUUUUAUUUGGAAUGAAUAUGAAAUGUUUUAUGUUUAGCCUUUUUUUCACUACUUUAAGGGGAAUCAUGUUGAAUACUUUACCUGAAGUGCACGUACAGUAUGUUUCUACAGAAAUAGGGUUUGCCAUUUACCAGCUUAGCUCACUGCCAACAGAAAAAAAAAUAGUAACGCCAGGUUAGUGGGUUUGAUUCCCAGGAUCACCCAUACGUAAAAUGUAUGCACGCAAUGACUAAGACGCUUUGGAUAAAAGCAGCUUCUGAAGGGCAUACAUAAGGACAACUUGGUACUAUCAUGGAAAUGUGUUUCUGUCCUCCCAACGAAAGUGCUCUUUCAAAAAACACCAAAAGAGAAAAUAUAUGCUUUAAAAGACACAGCCAUUGCCAAUAAAGCUGUACAAUUCAAAUGCGUUUUCCCAAACUUGUGACCCGGGUUUAUGUUGACCUAGACGUCAGGGAUCUUUGUGAAAUGGCGUCACGAAAUGUAAAUUCCUUGCCAAUGGAGUAUUGUUUACAACUACUAGGGUUUCCUCAGCAUAACUAGCAGCUUUCUCUCGACACAGAACAACGCUCUCAGUUCAACACAUGAAUGGUGGAGGGCAUUUUAAGAUGGCCGCCAAUAGUGACGGCCACUCUCUGGGUGUUUUGACGAAUGGGGUUAAAAUCCUGACAUAGUGGUAACAAUACCCACUGCGUUAGAAGUUAUCACUGGUUCAAGUAUAUUUCAAAUGUAAUUAAGAUGGUGAGACUGUACUUUUCCUUGUAUGUCGUUACUGAGACCUUUGAAUCGGUGACCUGCCAAGUGAUACGUGACGGUAUAUUCCAUUAAAAUCAUCUUUAUUUAUACUGUAUGCCAAUGAUUGAAAAAAAGACAACCUUGAAACAGCAAAGGUUUGUUAUACAACUUGUGCAAUUCACAGCUUUAUUUUUUUGGACUACUUCUGUUUUAAAGAUGCAUUGAAAUGUUGAUGGUAAUGUUAAAACCUGUACAGAAUGUGUAAAUGACAGUUAAAAUGAUUCACUGUACUUGAAGAUUUCUACCUGCUUAAUGUUACAGCUAAUUCCACUUUGUAGCAAAUUAGUAUUUUUUUUUACACAUUUGCUUUAGUGUCUUGAAUAUUUGCCUGGAAAUACAAUGGACUGCUGGUGAUUUUCUAAUGUUCACAACUGAAUAAACUCCACGGCACUGAAUGCCUCCAGAGGA